GGAAGUUGGAUCUGUAGGGCAUUCCGGUCAAACAAGAAAAAAAUCCUUACUCUCAAAAGUCGACACGUGUCCGCACGUAUUUUACCUCCAAAACACUACUACUAGGAAUAUACCCCCAUAGCACCCUGAAAUCUCCGGUUUCGUUUCAUUCUUUCCACAAAACAUCUCUCUUUUCUUAGUUACGGACUUCCGUCAUUCAUUCAUAUACUGACAACCAAAUUAAAGGCAAGUAUUAGCUCUAAAUUUACAGUUGAUCUGAAAAUGCUGAUCUUAUUAAUGAUUUCUCGUUUUGUAAUCAUUAUGGAAGAUUCUAUAAAAUGAGAUCCUUUAUUACAUUUCUCACUUUCUUUAUUAUUAUCUGUUGGAUCAAUUGAAUUUGGUCAAUUAUUGUGUGUGUGAAUGAGGUUGAUUUUCAUGGAGAUAUAGAUGUGGUUUCGAAAUCUCUAGGUAUGAACAUUUGUCCAAGGAGUUGAUAGUUACGAGGUUCUUGUUUCUGUUGGAUGAAAAUCUUAGAAAUUUUGGGAUCUAGAGUCAAAUAUAACGGGAUUUUGAGGAUUAUGUGUUGAAUUUGGGUAAUUUGCACGCAAAUGUUUAAGCUGUGUUACCUACAUUUACGAUUAUUAGGUUUUGAAGGAUAGUGGUGAUCUGAGGAGUUUGAGGUCACAAUUUUGUUAAUUUGUUGGUAUUAUUACUGGGUUUGAAGUUGGAUAGAAUUAUAUUACCAGCUUAAGUUUGACUUUUUCGAGAUCAAGUUUAGUUUCAAGUGACAGAAAAGCAAAAUAUGGCAGCUGGAACACAUAUGUCGCCUCAAUUAAAUGGAUUAGAAAGUGGAUACAGCAAUGAAAGUAAAAAUUCAGUGGAAGAUGACAAUUCUGAGAUUCAGGAUAGCUUGAAACAAUUGAAUGCUGCGAAACCUCCAAGACACCUCUCAGUCAUGAGGCAUUGUACAAGUUCUGCCAAGUUGUCUGCACUUUCAGAAUUGGAAUUAGAUAUUGGGAGUGUUUGUUUAAAAUCACCUUCGGAUGUCAAAUCAGGGUUUUUACCUGUAUUUCGUUCAGGGAGCUGUUCUGAGAUAGGACCUAAGCAAUACAUGGAGGAUGAACAUAUAUGUGUAGAUAAUCUUGUUGAACAUCUCGGUGGAUCUGCCAACAUUCCUGCUCCAGGAGCUUUCUAUGGGGUGUUUGAUGGUCAUGGUGGAUCGGAUGCAGCAGCUUUUAUUAAAAAGCACAUUCUUACAUAUAUCACAGAGGAUGCUCAUUUUCCCAGUUGUGCAUCUAAGGCUGUUAAGAGUGCUUUCCUGAGAGCUGAUCAUGCAUUUGCUGAUGCUUGUUCUCUUGACAGCUCCUCUGGCACAACAGCACUGACUGCACUUAUGUUCGGAAGGACAAUGCUAAUUGCCAAUGUCGGGGACUGCAGAGCUGUAUUAGGGAAACGAGGUAGGGCGGUCGAGCUGUCCAAAGACCACAAACCAAACUGCACCUCUGAAAGAUUAAGGAUUGAGAAACUGGGUGGAAUCGUGUUUGAUGGGUAUCUUAAUGGGCAGCUAUCAGUAGCACGAGCAAUAGGUGAUUGGCACAUGAAGGGUCCAAAAGGAUCCACCGGCCCUCUGAGUGCCGAACCAGAACUCCACGAGAGUCUACUAACCGAAGAAGAUGAGUUCUUGAUUAUGGGUUGUGACGGAUUAUGGGAUGUUAUGAGUAGUCAGUGUGCAGUUACAAUCACAAGAAAAGAAUUAAUGCUUCACAACGAUCCUGAGAAAUGCUCAAAAGAAUUGGUAAAAGAAGCACUUAAGCGAAACACUUGUGAUAAUCUGACUGUUGUUGUUGUCUGCUUCUCUUCUGACCCACCUCCGAAAAUUGAGAUUCCUAAAACUCGAGUCCGAAGAAGUAUAUCUUUAGAAGGACUGAAUUUUCUCAAAGGAGUUUUGGACAGUAACGAAUGAUAACGAUGAAAUGGGGGUGGUAUUAACAGUGUCUGUACAAAAGAAAUUUGGAUAUAUAUUACCACUGGGUUUAGGUUAUUUAUCGUUAGCUGUUGCUGCUGCUGCUGCUUGGCCAUGGCUGACAUUCACAGCCACAUUCAUCCAGGUCAGGGAAUAAAAGACAAAUCUGUAGGAUUUGAUUUUUCACUUGAAAACAAGUCUUUGUCUGUAGAUCUAAUAUUUAAUCAAUUGUAUUGUAUUAAUUUUAAUGAGAAUCGUUUCAUUUAUGCGGCUUCA